AUGCGGCUUGCCUCUCGUGGUGGCUCGCGACCGAGCGCCGCGGCCGGCGAGUUCGAUGGGGGCCCCGCGGCCGUGGCGCCGGUCGUCGUCGCGGGGGUCAUGGUGACUCGGUUGCGCGGGGAGAAGAUCCCCGAAGUGUUGGCGUUCUGUCGCGUUGGCGGCUCCGACCCUGUGUGGGAGUUCCCGACGGGCCGGUUGGAGCUGGCGGACGGCAGCAAAUUAGGCUGCGCGUUCCGCGAGCUCGCCGAGGAGACGGGGGUGCAGCUCGAGGUGCCUCCUGGUGGGUGCGUGAAGCUGGGCGUGGGCACCUACUCCACGGGGCGCGGGCGGCGCGGCGGCCCUGGUGCGCUCAAGGAGGUGCACUGGUAUCAGGUGGCCGCUGGCGGCGAAGGCCGCUGGGGCCCUCGCGAAGCGCGGGCUCGUGAAGUGCGCUUCAUGACAAAACGCGAGCUGCGGGCGGCCGCGGUGAAAGGCAGGUUCUCGCUGUACGCCGAGGAGGCGCUGAAGCUGGCGACGCCGAAGGCGACGGAGCCCGUGGCCGGGGCGAGGCCGAAGCGGAAGGCGCCCCGCGGCAGCGCGGGCCGGGAGGCUCUGCCCGGCCGCAAGGGCGGAGCGGGUGCCGGGGCCCGCCGCGAGGAGCUCAGGGGGCAGGAGGGGCGUCCGAGGGCCGCCAGCGACGUGGGGGAGGAGGCCACGGACGUCGAGUCCAGCGUGCCGACGCUGCUGGACGAGGUCGAGGCGGAGCUGCCGUGGCGCGCGGCCGGCGAGGCUGGGCUAGACGUGGAGUUGCAGGGGGGGCUCGCGGGGGUCGAGGCCGAGAGUUUCGAGGGCGGCGGGGUGCCCGCAUUCGCGGGUGUUGCCGACGUGAAGGACGCGUUCCACAUGUUGAUUAUGCCAGUGUGGCUCUCUCGAUAUUUUGGCCUGCCCGACGCGCUGGUCGCGGGCGCCGGCGCGGUCGGCCAGGUGAUCGACGGGGCCGUCGCCGUUGCAGGAGAUGCGAUCGCGCCGCUGGCGCGGGCGUUGCCCGCGGGGUUCGCCUGGAGUCUCUUCUUCUGCCAGCGGAUAGGCGAGAGUCUUCUUGGCCAGCGGGCGCCCGCGCCCCGCGCCUCGGAGCCACUGCGGGGCCGCGGUCGGCCCGCCGUUCUCGUCCUGAAUGACGGCCUGCACGAGCUCGGGCACUGCGCGCGCGUGGACAACCUGGGGGCGACGGGCGACGGUCGCUCGCAGGUGGGGCACGCGCUCGCUGACGCGGUGAAGGUCUUCAAGAGCUUCAGCCUGCUGGUGCGCGGGGAAGAGGCGAGGGGCGGCGCCGCGGAGGCGCUCGGGGUUGUCCUCGACGGAGAGUCGCAGCGCACCAGGCUGACGAAGAAGCGGCGCUGGCGGCUGCACUCCGCGCUCCGAUCGAACCGCGGGAGGGCCAGCGGGGCGAUGGUAGAGGUCAUCUUGGGGCACUGCGCCUUCUGCGGCCUGGUGCGGCGACUCGCCUUAUCGUUAUUCCAUCCGGUGUGCAAAUUCAUCGCCUUGAUCAGCGGCCGCUGUGGCUGCGGGGUCUCCGCCAGCCUCUGGAGCGAUGAAGAGGCGAAGGCAGCUGGCCGCGCUGGUGAGAGGGGCCGCUUCCGUGGCGUCCGAGCGGCGCAGGCGCGGGGGCGCGCGCUGACGGCUGCUGGAGUUCGGGGGUUCGCGGGGCCGCCGCCGCCGGCCGAGGCGGGGCUUCCAGGGGGGGACUUCGACGGGCCGGGGGCCGCGAUGGUUUCUGGCGAGUACGUGGUCAACCCGAGCUUCCCCGAGGUGGCCUCGGCUGGGCUGGCGCGUGGCCGCUGGGGGCCGAGAUUCUGUGGCGCCUGGAAAUGGGGGCAGCCAACCCUGGUGCUGGAGGCGCGGGCGCUGGCAAUAUCGCUUCGCAGUCCCGCGGCGGCUGGAUAUCCUUCCGCGGCCGUGGAAAGGCCGUCGGCCGAGAUCGGCGCUGGAGUCUCGGCACGAGGCGCCGAGCUGAAGGGCAGCUCAGGCUGCGGCUCGACGGCCGGUAAGACUCCGCUGGCAAAUCUCGAUGGCGAGCUGGCUGUCCCUCAUCGUCGACGCGACUGUAGAGCUCGGCAGGCAGCCGACCCAGCCCGCCGCGAUCGCGAGCGGGCGGCGCGCGCUUGCGGCCGAGACCGCGUUGCAGGCCAGGCCGCGGGCGCUGCAGAGUCGGACAGUUUUACUUCGUCCGGGUGCUCUCUCGAGCUGUGCCGCGAGUCGGGCGACGACGGGCAGCGGGCGAAGUCCGCGCUGGGCCGAGCGGCCGGAUCGGCCGCGGUCGACGCGACGCGCGCGCACAACGACAAGGCCGCAGAGAUCGCGGCCAUGGCUGAGCCUGCCAAGGUCGCAGGCGUUCCCUGUUCCGACCCGCUGAAGGCUGGCCGAUCAGACGGCGGCAGGAUCUCGCUGAGACUGGCCGAGUCUCUCGCCGGCAGUGUGGUCGCGACGCUGGACAGCGCCGACCGCGCGCAAGCGAUCGCGGCGCAGAUCCCAGAGACGGGCGGUGCGUCAGCCGUUGCAGCGCCCCCCCAGCCCAUCGCCGGGCGGCCGACUGGCCGCCUGCGUGGGGCAGCUCGACGGCAUCCCGAUGCCCGAGCGGAGCGGGCUUCAUCUCGGGGGCUGCGGAGGCACUUGAGUCUGGGGGGGCGCUACUUCGCGUGUGUCUUCUGCGGAAAGGGGGUCUGCGGACGGUCGGCCGAGCUUGCUGGGUUCCAAGCUCGAUGCUUCGACCUCGUGAACGGCGACACGGGCGACGUGUUUCGGCCAGAGGUGAUAAAUGGGCUAAUCGCCGACAUGCAGGCAGGGGAAGUGAUUGGCAUGAAGAUGGGGCCGCCCUGUGCGAUGUUCAGUAUUGCCAAACACCGUUCAAAGACGUUGUGGACGCAGGAGGCCCCGAUGGAUGUUCCUGAUUUGCGCAGACAGGAUACGGCUACCGUGAAGCAAGGGAAUCGGCUGAUGCGCUUCGCGGCGCGGCUUGCGCGUGAGCGUCGCGCGCAUUAA